CGAGACGCGAUUAAGCGACCAACGAACCGAGUGAAUCUGGCUACCAAAAUUAUAGGGAGAUAUCUACCUAAAUAAUUCCAGCGUUUUAAUUGAUGUAUGGAAGAAACUACUAGGUGAAGAAAAGGGAGAAAGAGAGGGAGAACGAAAUGAAAACCUGCAUAACCAAGCUAGCACGUUGCAGUUCAUCUAAAUCGCCAACAUGGCCAGCACCACCAGAAGAAUUGUCUGUACAGACCCAAGAGCCGCGCCUAAACAAACUCCUGACAAGGGGCUAGGACUAUUUGCAACGUCCCAGAUACGGCCUAGGGAUAAUAUCUUCGCGAUUACCGCCAACUUCGCUACAGUCUUGGAUACUGCGCGGCUGCAUGAUACGUGCUCGAAUUGCUUCGCAACCAUAGGCGACGAGGUGAAUCCUGACUUCACAUUGAAGGCGUGUACUGGCUGUAAUGUUGUCAGGUACUGUGAUAGGAGAUGCCAAUCCGAAAGCUGGGCGGCAUCGCACAAGAAAGAAUGCAAGAUAUACAAAAAUUGUCAACCAAGAAUUCUACCUAUGAACGUGAGGGCUGUUCUUAGGAUAAUAUCUCCGCCGGAUAAUAAGGCUGCGAAGGAAAUGUACGACAAUCAUUAUGAGUCGUUCCGUACACUUGGACAUCACUUUUCCAAGAUGAAGCAGAGGGGUGGUGAACAGGCCUAUAGGACUACUGUUACCGCCGAAGCAUUGAAAGCAAUUUCGAACACUGAUAUUGACUUGUCCACCCUUGCCGCCUACUUUGCAAAGCUGGAAACCAAUGCUUUUACCCUUACCAACCAAUAUUUUGACCGAAUCGGAUUGUGCUUUCUUCCGUUUGCGUCAUACAUCAAUCAUAGCUGCCAGCCAAAUGCCUAUAUUGGAUUCGACGGACCAGUGAUGUAUUUGAAGGCAUUGCAGGACAUUGCCCCCGACGAGCAGAUAUACAUAUCUUAUAUCGAUAAUACCGAGCCCUUUCAAACACGCCAAAGCGAACUCCAACUACAGUAUUUCUUCGAGUGCAAGUGCCCCAAAUGUCUAGAAGGAACUACAGCACGCGAGGACCAGUUUCUCACGUCGGAGGGUCCGUCUAGUUCCUCCCCGGAGAAAGAAGCACGCGAAUUUCUCGCAAGGAGUAAGAAACCAGACGAAGGCGCGAGAGCCUCAAUUCAAAGGAUUGAAGCAGCAUUUGCGUUGCUGAGCAGUACCAAAUGCUGGCCGAUAACCCGUCAACCAUUCCCACAACUCCUCGAUGAACUUAUCGUAAAUCUACUGGAUGCCAAUUGUUACAAAUUCGCCUUCAUCCCCACCGCUAUCCGCUAUCUCAAUAUCGAUCCCGUCUUAUAUCCAAAUCGUCUACAUCCGAUCCGCAAGCGGAAUACAUGGGCCCUCGCGAAGCUUCUGCGGUGCAUCAAUCAACCCCUAGAUAGCGAUGCAAGCCCUCCAACUCCUCAGCUUGACCAGCUUCAGCCCGACUUUGCAUGGAUUUGGUUCUCGUUGCUCCAUGGGCUUGUGGAGACAUAUGACGAUACGCUACGUCUCCAGCUUUUGCUGAACGCGGAGUUUCAGAGAAUUCGCGACGACAUGAUGCGCCACGGGGCCGACUUCAAGACAGCUGAUGGACGCCGACAAAACAAGAUGGCGGUUAAUAGUGCGAUGCAAAACUUGAGACGAGUAGCGGACGAUGAAUUGUCAAGAUUAAAUAACGAUGGGUGGAGCGGGGUUACAUCGUUUUUGGGUGGUUUGGAAUAAUUACUCUUUUUUAAGGGCCAAAGAUAUCUAUUUUCAAUAACCUAGAUCCCUCAGGAGUACUAGUCUGAUGUAGAUAUUGAAUUCAACUAGCUAAUGGGAUGAAGAAGGACAAGGAUUAAAACUCGCUUCGCUAUGCAAAAAUAAAUUGGCUCAGUACCAAACAAGAUGCGAUGAGAGGAAAACUCCAGAAAAUGUGAGUGGAAAACGAUUAAAAGGGGUAAUGUGAUAUAAAGUAAAAUAGGAAGAAAAGGGAAGAAGAGGGAAGAAAAGGGAAGAAAAGGAAGUGCGAGGUGAUCACGACAGAAGCGACUCUAAAGACCCCCGCCUAGGCGAUUUAAUUAUCCUCUCCUCCAAUAACUGCGAGGUCUGGACACCAACAAGUAUAGAGCGAACCAUUCGCAUCCAUCCAAAUCCAGAAAUCCGUUUGAGCCUGA